GGGGGGUGACGGGUUGUUUUUCUUCUUGCUAUCAAGACAGUAUCACAUCUCAGAUGCUGGAGGCUGGACGGAAUGUCAGUGGUUUUAUUUGUUUUGCCUUGCAAGCUAUCGAGCUAAAAGAAUACGCGUGUAGUAUGCAACGAGUGAAAUUUUAUUUUAAUGCCGCAAGAUAGCAGACGCUGUGUAUUCCGGUGUUUCGUGUUCGGUCAGUCAUAAGCUAAGCUAUAAGCUAGCUAGAAAUAAGUGAGUAACUGAAGCAAAAAAACAUCCCGUUUCCAUGGACAACACGUCCAUCAUAACACAGGUUGCAAAUCCAAAAGAGGAGGAAAGUAUUUCUUCAAGUCAAGAGAAAGGUCUUCCACUGGGUUUUUGGGGACUCCAGCAUGGGCUAAAGAAACACAGCUCAGUGUUGCAGCAGCAGUCCGACACUAGCCUGAAGAAGUCCCGGAGUCGAAGCAUCUUCAGCCCUUUCUUCUGCUGCUUUACAAACUACCAUGUUGACCCUCCAUCAUCGCAGAGCACCAAUAACAAGACCCAGGCCCUGCCCCCUCCCACCACUGAUGAAAAUGGCAGCCCCCCAAAGCCUCCAGCCAAGUCCCUGCUACCAGAGGUCAACAUCUCAGACUGUGGGAAGAACUGUGUGGUGAUCGACCUGGAUGAGACUCUGGUACACAGCUCCUUCAAGCCCAUCAGCAACGCAGACUUCAUCGUUCCUGUGGAGAUAGAUGGUACUGUUCAUCAGGUGUACGUGUUGAAGAGGCCGCAUGUUGACGUGUUCCUGCAGAAGAUGGGGGAGCUGUUUGAGUGUGUCCUGUUCACAGCAAGCUUAGCCAAGUAUGCAGACCCAGUGGCUGACCUGCUGGACCAGUGGGGUGUGUUCAGGGCCCGUUUGUUCCGGGAGUCCUGUGUGUUCCACCAGGGGAACUACGUUAAAGACCUGAGCCGGCUGGGGAGAAGACUCAGUAACGUCAUCAUCGUAGACAACUCUCCAGCCUCAUACAUCUUCCACCCUGAAAAUGCUGUUCCGGUCCAGUCCUGGUUUGAUGACAUGUCAGACACUGAGCUUCUGGACCUGCUGCCUGUGUUUGAGGGGUUGAGUAAGGAGCAGGACGUUUACAACUUGUUACAGAGCCUCCGGGUCAGGUAGCAAGCUCCCUUCCUGCCUCCACAUCCCCUGGCCAUUACUCUGGCUCACCUAAUGCCGACCACAUCCCCCUUAUAUCGAGGCCCUGACCCUCUGCUCUGCUCUGAGGCUCGGGUCCUGUUCUCCUGCUGCUGCCUCAAUGGGGCGAUAGACAUAAAGCUCCAUACAGAGACUAAAGCUGAUGGUCUCUCCUGGGUUACCUGACACCUGAUGGUCUCUCCUGGGUUACCAGACACCUGAUGGUCUCUCCUGGGUUACCAGACACCUGAUGGUCUCUCCUGGGUUACCAGACACCUGAUGGUCUCUCCUGGGUUACCAGACACCUGAUGGUCUCUCCUGGGUUACCAGACACCUGAUGGUCUCUCCUGGGUUACCAGACACCUGAUGGUCUCUCCUGGGUUACCAGACACCUGUUGGUGUCUCUUGGGUUACCAUAUACCUGUUGGUGUCUCUUGGGUUACCAGACACCUGUUGGUGUCUCCUGGGUUACCAGACACCUGUUGGUCUCUCCUGGGUCACCAGAUGUCUGAUGAUCUCUUCUUUCUAGAAGCCUGGUCUCUCCUGGGUCACCAGACGCCUGUUGGUGUCUUCUUCCUAGAUAACUGAUGGUCUCUCUUGGGUUGCCAGAUGCCUGUGGGUCUCUCCUGGGUCACCAGAUGUCUGAUGAUCUCUUCUUUCUAGAAGCCUGGUCUCUCCUGGGUCACCAGACGCCUGUUGGUGUCUUCUUCCUAGAUAACUGUUGGUCUCUCUCGGUUAACCAGAUGCCUGAGACAGUCUGAAUGGGUUGUUAUGGAUAACAGACUUUAGUGGAACAGUUGCUCUGUAUUUGACCCGACCCAACGAGUCCUCCAGGAAGACGUGUAAAGGAUGUUUCAGUAACAACAAAAAAAUAUAUAUUAAUUACAAUUGCAAUAUAGCCACGUUUUUAUCAGAGAUAACAAUGUUUUUAUCAAAUUAUUUAUUUACCAAAAUAAAUGGUUGUAGGGCAGGUAUUGAUGUAUGAUGCUGUUCAGGCUGUCUCUUCCUGCUUACUGCUGGUUGGUUCCAACAACUGUGACUCUCUUCAAUUACCCAAUCAAGUGCCUUUUGGACUGUUGUUUAAUUGAUAUAACUGAUGUUCCAUUUUGUAUGUUGCAUAUUUACAGAGAACUCAGAUAUUUAAAUGAAUAUACUUUAAUUUAUACUUUAAACUGUGAAAGGAGAUGAAUGUUAUUUUGGCAUGGUUAUUCAUGAAAAUAAUUUCCAGAAAAAGAUUUGAAAUAAUUCAUUGAAAAUGUUCUUUUAGUAUUGGAUUAACAUGCCUGUUUCUGCCUUGGUUGAAUUGGUUUGACAUUUAAUAGUGUAAAUAAAAGGGUUGUUUUAGUCCUGAAAUUGUAUUUGGCAAUGCAGAGGUAAUUUGAGUUGUAAUUGUUGCCUGUAUGUCAUUUAUACCUAUUUAGUAUGGGACAUGAACUACAGAGUGGAAUGUAAGCUUAACAUGCUGAAACCAGGCUUGCUGUCAGCUACAAAGAACAGCUUAACACAGAGGCAUUCAAUAUAUCAGAUGUAUCUGGCAAAUAUCUUUGAUUCAAGGUACAAUCAAUAUCCAAAUAACUGUCAAAUUGUUGAUGCAUACAUAUGAACAUUAUAUGAAAUUAUAUUUAUUGACAAAACAAGCUGUGAAGUAUAAAGAAUGUUGUUGAAUAAAUUACGUGUGGUAUUA